CUUGGUUUCCGAAAUCCGUACGUAACAAGCUCGUUAAAGUAUAUCAGAAAACACAGUGUUGUUGAUUCGACCGUGUAGAGUGUAAGUUAACAAAAAAUGACGGAGCCAACAAUUUUAAUUAAGGAAGUUAAAAAUACAGUUCUGAUAACUUUAAACAGGCCGCUAUCAUUAAACGCUGUUAACUAUGAAAUGAGCGAAAAUUUACUAAAUAUUCUAAAAAAUAUUGAAAGACAGAAAGAAAAACAAUUGGUGAUUUUAAAAGGUAUGGGUAAAUCUUUUUGCGCAGGCGCUGAUAUAGUAGAAGCACGCAUAAAAACUGCUGAUGGCAAGGAAUCUGAAGAGUUCUUUAAGUGGUGUCUAGAUUUAAAUGAAUUAUUCUUUGUUAUUAAUACUUAUCAAAUACCUUUAAUAACUUUAGUAAAUGGAAUAGCAUUUGGCACUGGCGGGGGUAUAAUGACCUUAUCAAAAUAUUCGGUCGUUACAGAAAAAGCUAUUUUUUCAAUGCCAGAAACUAAGUUUGGGUUUCAUCCAAACUGUGGGGCUUCCUAUUUUUUUAAUAAAUCUAAAGGAAAGUUGGGCUAUUAUUUGGGAUUAACGGGAGAAAGGCUUAAAAGUACAGAUAUAGUAAAAGGUGGAUUUGCCACAUAUUUUUGUAAUAGUAAUAAAUUACAGAAAUUGGAAGAUAAACUUAUUAACUGUGUUACGGUGCAAGAUAUCACCAAUGUCCUUGAUCAAUUUUCUGAAAAGAAAUUGCCACCUUUCAGUUUAGAUCCUUUGGCAGCAAAAAUUAACGAGUGCUUUUCCGAAAGUACUAUUGAAGGUAUAUUUUACACACUCAAACAAGAUAGGUCUGCGUGGGCGACGACUACAUUACAAACUUUAGAAAAAUAUUCUCCGAGUAGUUUAAAAGUGUCAUUAAAGCAGCUACAAUAUGGAAAGAAUAUGGACUUAUUGGAGAGUUUGGCGAUGGAAAGUAAUAUAACUAACAACCUUUAUAAGUUUACAGAUGUAUUAGAAGGCACAAAAGCACUUUUGAUAGACAGAACACGAGCGCCACAAUGGAAUCCCAGUAGAUUGUCAGAUGUUGAUGAAGAGUUAAUCAAUGCACAUUUUAAUUCAGUUUCUGAUCAAUUUUUACGAGAGAGGCUAACCAAACGACGUGACAACAUAAAAUCUAUUUUAAAAUAUAAAUUAUAAAUAAAUGAGCAGUUGUUUA